UGUCUGAAAGUGCAGUUUACAUUCCGUCGUCACCUUGGUUACCACAUGUCUCAGAGCUUCAUACCCUGUGCGCUGCUCGUCAUCUGCUCAUGGUUGUCCUUCUGGCUUCACCCUGACGCGACCCCGGCGCGAGUUGGACUCGGCGUCACCACGUUUCUCACCAUCUACACGCAAGCGUCGGGCGUGCGUUACUCGCUGCCGCCGGUCUCCUACACUAAAGCCAUCGACAUCUGGUUCAACGUGUGCACGGUGUUCAUCUUUCUCUCUCUAGUCGAGUUCGCGAUGGUUAACUACUGCGCAAGACAUCACAAGCCGAGCAGAAACGGACGAGUUAGUGACAGCGAACUCCAUCCCAAACAACAAGAGACGUCGCUCGACCAGGACGGAAGUGGAGGCGACGGACAGAUCAUCGUCGUCAGGGAAAACAACGAAGUCGUCGACCGACACGAGACGUUGGAGCGACAAUCGCCGACGUCGCGGAAGACGACGAAGCGGUCGUUGCACACGACAGUCGUCGGUAUUGUUCCGCAGGGCAAGCGGAAAGCGAAAACGAUCGACGUCGCCUCGCGAGUUCUCUUCCCCGUCUCAUUUGUCGUGUUCCUCGUCGUCUACUUCUUGUUCUAUUACAGCAAGUACACUCUGUUCCUCAUUGACCUCGCUGCUGGCUAG